AUCUGACCCGUUCAAUACAAUCAAAUAGAAUGACCCAUCCAACCAACUGUCCAAAGACACUUCAAAAAGACUGGCACACUUUUCUUAACCAAUAAGCUAACCCCCUAUUAAAUCAUCAAAAUUAAUUGAAAGAAAGAAAGCAACAAGAGAGAUAUAGAAGAGGAAAAUAUAUCAAGAAUAGUUGGUUGAGAGGAAGAGACCAGAAAAAAAUAUGCAGUCACCUCGCUUGAGAGAGGUCACACUAGUAUGCCUUGACGGCUGCUGCCACGGACCUUUCCUCAACUUCCCUGAGCCCCAAAACACCAUUUCCAAGUCCAGCAGCACCUCUGCUACCUGUCGGCGCUACUUUGUGGCGGCGACCACUUCGUCCUUCUUCCCGAGCACCAAAUUCACCAACCAUGAGUCUCUCCCUUCCCUGCAAGAAUCGUUUGCUCAGUUCAAGAAAGCGUAUCCACAAUAUUCCAAUACGAAAAGGGCAGACAAAAUCCGUGCCAAAGAAUACUACCAUCUAUCCCUUUCGAAUCACGUCUGCCUUGAUUAUAUUGGCAUCGGUCUCUUCUCCCACGCGCAGCUUCACACUCAGUCGUCAUCAACGGUCCCAGUUGCCUCCUCUUCUUUGCCGACACCUCCACAGCCUCAAUAUUCGGAUUUUCCAUUUUUCAGCAUCUCCUACAAGUUGGUAAAUCUAAAGUUGGAGCUGCUUCAUGGUGGCCAAGGAUCAGAAUUGGAAUCUGCAAUCAAGAAAAGGAUCAUGGAUUUUCUUAACAUCUCUGAGAAUGAUUACUCCAUGGUUUUUACUGCGAACAGAUCAUCAGCUUUUAAACUUUUAGCAGAAUCUUACCCCUUCCAAUCUAGCCGGAAGCUUCUGACAGUUUAUGACUAUCAGAGCGAGGCAGUGGAAGCCAUGGUCGAUACAUCAGAGAAAAGAGGAGCCCGAAUCAUGUCGGCUGAGUUCAAAUGGCCAAGACUAAGGGUUCACUCAGCAAAAUUGAAGAACAUGAUCGUGAGCAAGAGGAAGAAAAAGAAGAAGAGAGGACUAUUAGUCUUCCCACUUCAGUCUAGGAUGACUGGAGCCAGUUAUUCUUAUCAAUGGAUGAGUGUAGCCCAAGAAAAUGGGUGGCAUGUCUUGCUUGAUGCUUGUGCAUUGGGACCAAAGGACAUGGACAGUUUCGGCCUCUCUCUCUUUCGCCCGGACUUCCUCAUUUGUUCCUUCUACAAGGUUUUUGGUGAAACCCCAACUGGAUUUGCUUGCCUCUUUGUCAAAAAAUCAACUGUUCCGGUCUUGGAAGCAUCUACAAGCACAGGAAUAGUAAGUCUUCUCCCUGCAAAUAAGCUCUUUCAGUCACCUGAAUAUUCUUCGGGCACUGACACAGAACUCGAACAAACAUCAAAUUAUGGGACACAAGAAGAUUUAGUGAAAGCAAGCUCUUUCACUGGUCCUAUAUCUGCUGCAAGGAUGCGUUCUGGAAGAUCUCAUCGAGGAGAGAACUCUGAGAUGAGCAAAACAGAAGUCACAGCAAAAAAAAAGGAAUCUAAAACUUCAGAAACUGUGGAAUCAGAAGAAAACACUGAUUUAGUUCAACAUGAGAGCACCGAAAUCAGUGGGAAUAGGAGUGACUCGAGUGAGGUGAUUGAAUGCAGCGGCUUGGAUCAUGUCGAUUCAUUGGGACUGACACUGAUCAGUAGCAGAGCAAGAUGCUUGAUCAAUUGGUUAGUGAACGCUUUGAUGAAGCUCCAGCAUCCUAACACAGAGGAUAAGGUUCCCCUGGUCAGAAUCUAUGGACCAAAGAUAAAAUUUAACCGUGGAUCAGCAUUGGCGUUCAAUGUGUAUGAUUGGAAAGGAGAAAAGGUUGAACCUGUUCUUGUACAGAAGCUUGCUGAUCGAAGCAAUAUUUCUCUAAGCUAUGGGCACUUACACCAAAUUUGGUUCUCAGAUAAGUAUGAAGAAGAGAAAGACAGAGUCAUAGAGAGAAGAAAAACUGAAGAAUGUAACAUAGCGGGGAACAAGAGGAAAAGCAAAGCUGGUCAGGGUAUAAGAGUGGUUACUGCUGCACUCGGCUUCCUUACUGAUUUUGAGGACACCUACCGGCUUUGGUCUUUUGUUGCUCAGUUCCUAGAUGCAGACUUUGUGGAGAAGGAGAGAUGGAGAUACACAGCUCUGAACCAGAAGACUGUCGAAGUAUAAACAUAAUGUAUUCAAUUAUUCAUUAAGAUUAUGAAGUUCCAACACAAAUACUGUGCAUUCAGCUCAGAAUUGUACAUUUGCUAGUGCAUUUGCUAGUGUGUAUGAUCAAACAAAUAGAAAGAUACACUCAUUUGUUCUUCCAGGCGACGGUGUCCAAAACAAAACAUGCAAUCAUUUCACAUA